GCAUGGUGGAUGUCAUUUUCGCAGAUGUAGCUCAGCCUGAUCAGUCACGUAUUGUUGCCUUAAAUGCACACAACUUUUUGAAGAAUGGUGGUCAUUUUGUUAUCUCCAUCAAAGCCAACUGUAUUGAUUCAACAGCGGCCCCUGAAGCAGUUUUUGCAUCAGAAGUAAAAAAAAUGCAGCAGGAAAACAUGAAACCCCAGGAACAACUGACUUUGGAGCCAUAUGAGCGAGAUCAUGCUGUGGUGGUUGGCAUAUACAGGUAUGGGGAAACCAGAGGCCGCUGGUGAAAUUCUGUGUGCUUCCCUGGAUUUGGGAAGGUGGUAUUUAAUUGC